AUGGCUUCUCAUACUCCGGCCGUUGUCAUGGACAACGGUACCGGAUACUCCAAGCUUGGUUUUGCUGGCAAUGAUUCUCCAUCCUUCGUUUUCCCUACCGCCAUAGCGACAAAAGGUGCCGCAGCAGCAGGUGCGGGUUCAGGAUCUGGCCGCCCUGCAGUUGGCAACAAACCUUCGUAUCUUACGGGUGGUGCUGGGCCAGGAGGACAUCUCUCAAUGAAACGUGGAACUGAAGACCUGGACUUCUUUAUCGGAGACGAGGCAUUAGCAGCCGCAAGUGGACCAGGACCAUAUGGAAAGAUUCUGCCACUCAAUCCACCCGAGAACCGUGAAAAUACCGCCGAAAUUAUGUUCGAAUCCUUCAACUGUGCCGGUCUUUACAUUGCCGUCCAAGCUGUGCUCGCAUUGGCUGCGUCGUGGACUUCAUCAAAAGUUUCUGAUCGAUCCUUAACCGGAACUGUAAUCGAUUCUGGAGACGGUGUGACCCACGUAAUUCCCGUUGCAGAGGGUUAUGUUAUUGGAUCAUCAAUCAAAUCUAUACCUAUCGCCGGUCGAGACAUUACAUACUUCGUUCAAUCGUUACUCCGAGACAGAGGUGAACCGGACUCUUCCUUGAAGACUGCUGGUGAGAUUAAAGAGAACUACUGUUAUGUCUGCCCAGAUAUUGUGAAGGAAUUUGCUCGUUUCGAUCGCGAUCCUGGAAGAUUUGAGAAGCAUACAGUGACGCAACCAGGUGGACGCAAAGUCACCGUUGAUGUUGGUUACGAACGUUUCCUUGCACCUGAAAUCUUCUUCAACCCAGAAAUUUACUCGUCCGAUUUCUUGACUCCACUUCCAACGGUUGUGGAUGGCGUUAUCCAAUCUUCCCCUAUCGAUGUUCGUCGUGGACUCUAUAAGAAUAUUGUGUUAUCUGGAGGAAGUACAUUAUACAAAGAUUUCGGUCGCAGAUUACAACGUGAUAUCAAACACUUGGUGGAUGACAGAAUUAGAGCCAGUGAAGCUCGAAGCGGUGGUGCCAGAAGUGGAGGUUUGGAGGUUCAAGUCAUUUCGCAUAAGAGACAGCGACACGGUCCAUGGUUCGGUGGUAGUCUUUUGGGUCAAACCCCUGAAUUUAGAUCUUAUUGUCACACCAAAGCAGGUCCAAGCAUUGUUAGAAGAUUCGCCUUGUUGGGAGGACCAGGAGGAUCAUAA